AGUCCCGACACUCCUCCCUCCACUUUCUCUGUCUCCCUAGCUGUCUGUCACACUUGUAUCUCGAUCUCGUUCAAUUUCCUCUGUCCUCUCCCUCCCUAUCUUUGAAAUUCUGUCUGUCUGUCUCUUUUCCCCUACCUUCCUCUCACCGCCAAACACCCACUGAAUCAUUCACUCACUGUCUGCGUGACCACCAGCCCUACUUGCUCUCCAUCACUCAUGUCCGCCGUCACCUUACCUGAGCUCUGGGACUACUUUAUAAUGUACAUGACAGGUGUGAAAGACUUUAAUACAAACGGGCAACUAGACUUAAGAAUGUUUCCUGUGAGGAUGACAAGCACCUGCCAGAACAGUAGAAGGACACUAAUGGGUCCGUAUGGAGUGGAUCGUGCCGUGCACGAAAUGGAAUUUACUGACUGUGAGAAUGGACUGGGGAUCAAAGUUAUCGGAGGUGUGAAGGAGUUAACGGGGGAGGAGUUUGGAGUCUACGUCAAACGAAUUUUACCUGGUGGCCUUGCUUCAAGUGAUGGGCAUCUACAGGCGGGCGACCAGAUCUUGGAGGUGAAUGGGGAGAGUUUGAUAGGAGUCACCAGUGAAAGGGCUGUGGACAUUCUUAGAUCAGCGUCCUCAAGCAAUCACAUGCGCCUUCUGAUCGCCAGAGACGAGGAAGCCAGGAGAGAAUUUACAGAGCUCAUGGAGAAGUAUGGGUCCAACAGCAGCACGGGGUCGACACGCAACUCCCCCAUCCAGCAUGGUAUGACCUCCCUCCCCGUACUACCAAAUGCAAGUAGAUACCUGGACAGCACAUCUUCCGGGUCCUCGUCACGGUCCCAGAGUCCUUUGCUGUUGAGUCCUGCUGGUUCUGGAAACACCUACAACAACCCCCUGCUGCGCUCUCUGAGUCACCCAGGAGAGGGAGUGAUCCAGCUGAUCUCAGUAGCCCGCUCCUGUAGUUUGGGCAUCACCAUCGGAGGAGGCUCCAACCGACCGGACGGACCUGCAGUUUUCAUCCAGGAGGUGUUGUCUGGGGGAGACUGCCAUAGGGAUGGGCGACUGAGGCCUGGGGAUCAACUCAUUGCCAUCAACAAGGAAUCCUUGAUAGGCGUGACCCACGAGGAGGCCAAGAGCCUGCUGAACAAGGUCAAAUUCAGUCAAGAGGCAGUGGUUGAGGUGGCCUUCAUUCCUGGUAAAGGUCCGUUCCCCAACUGCGCGUCUCUACAUAAUGGUGUUCCCCGUGGCGUUGGAAAUGGGUACAGCUCUGGGCGCCUAAAAGUUCACGUCCGAUCACCAGAGACCCGUAUGGAGGAACCCGCUGCAGUGCCUUCUCCCUGCCCUGACAUCUGCCCCCCAGAGAAACACGUUUCAGGCUCGGUCCCCGGCCAGAGAGCAGCGUUGUCUACAGCCAAACCUAAGAUCUCCCUGGAUCCCCACAUACGCCUCAAGUCUGACAAACUAGAUCUGGCCUUGUCAUACCUGGGUCUUGACGUGACAGAUGAGAAGAGGAGAAUGAUGAGACAGAGUCUGACCACCGACUCACAGGGAACGGUGUCCUACGGAGAUUUUGUGGAGGCCACUCGCAAUGUCUACCAAGAGAAACUGGAGGAGGCCGGGCUAGGGCAGAAAGAGUUCUUAUUCUCCUAUCAUGAAGCAGCUAGCUUGAUGGACACCUCUGCCUUCCACUCCCCAACAUAUGGAUCCGAGUGCAGCUACAGCAGCGAGGAGCUGGAACACUUUCAGACAGAGGUGAAACCACCGCCGGGCAACACUAAACCACUCAAGUCCAGCCACAGCCAUCCUGCUGGUUUCCCCGCACCACCGCAGCUCCUACUGAAGGAGACCGAGCAGCAGAGCAGAAAACACCCGGAGGAGGAGUUACACGGCACCUCCGAGAAAGUGUGUGUGACCAUUGAGGACAACAGUCGUCUGAGGACUAGUCUACAGUCAGUGGAGGUGGUGCAGAGUGAGAGACAGUCCAACAGUGUUGAGCAGGACUAUGAGGAGGUCAUUACGCUACUGGAGGCUGAGAUCAGAGAUCUAAAGAACCAACUGGCUGGCAAGAAACAGAGAGGUCAUGAGGCUACUAAGGAGGAUGUAAUUGAGUUGAACAGGAAAUUGUCAAUGAUUGACUGUCAGCUGAGGAGGUCUGAACUGAGCAGAAGACAUCUGGAGAUCUCCAACAAAAAGCUACUGGGUUUCGCACAGAAUGUUCACAAAGUGCUCACCACCCCCAGCUUGUUUGGAAUGGAAAAUGGGAGUAACAGGACCUCCCCAGCCACAGACAGCCCAGACACCCCAUCUCCUAUUCCAGAUCCAGCCUGCCAGCUAGCUGCAGAGGCCAGGGAGUUGGUGGAGGGAGUCAGGGCGCUGAGCAGCACCGAUGAUACUGCCCCCCUCAGCGACUCAGAGGAGGCCGGCCCACCAGACCCAGCCGUGGACCAGAACCGCUCAGUACACCCUGACAGUUCACAGGCUCAGACAUCUCCUAACGGACUUUCAGCCAAAGAUAAGCACCAUCAGUAGAGAACGUUUUGAGAACAUCAAAAGAACCAUGCAACUUUGGAGACUCAGAAGAACUGCGACAACCUUUACCUAUCUACUCCCCUUUAAAAGACAGAGAACCAGAGAAAGGAAGAUAUCCACCGUGCUUUGAAAAAAAUAGAUCAUUUCAUGACUCUUUAAAAAGAAACUGCCUCCAUUACUGGAGGCUUCAGUCAGUAUUUUGAGAGAGCUUUACUGACAAAAUGCAAACAGUACAAGGAAAGUCAUUCUGUUUUCUAAUACAGCUGUAUGUGUACGUACAUGUCUGUCAAUAUUUUUCAUCUUCUGGAAAAAUAUUUUACGUUUGUUUUUGUGGACAAAGAGGAAAUUCUCAACUGGGAGUUAGUGUUAUGAAAGUAGGGUUUGAGAUGAAAUGACAGAGACUUGAAAAUGCAGUUGGGCCCAAAGAGCUUGCCAGUAAGCCAGCACUGUAAGACCUAACCACCACUCAUUGGUUUGAUGAUGUACAGUUGUACAGCAGGAGCAAUUAUGAUGAUGCGCUAAAGCUUUCUUGCAUUGUGUUCCAAUAUUUUUUAGCAAUUCAUCCAUGUCUCAUUUCCUAUGUCCUUGUAUCCUCUUUGCUUAUAUCCAUCCUGACCACUGACAUCCUAAAUGACUGGAUAGGGAUAUCUGAAAGUUUGAAAGCAAUGUUAAGAGUCCUGGAACAUACAGAUGCCAUAUCUGGAUUUGAGCUAGUUUUGCGCAGCACUAAUAUAACCUUACAGCAAACAGCAAAUGAAAAGUGUCAUGUGAAUUAUAACUAAUGGAAUCAUUUAUUAUAGGGGUGGAUACAUUUUUCGUUAAGGCAAAUUAAGGGAGAAAACUCUAAGUGUUCAAUUUCUGAAGGCCUUUUUAACCUUAAAUACACUGCAUGUAGGAAAAUUCCUGCAUGACGAGAUGAUCCCAUCUUAAAAUAGGACAUCUGUACUGUAGGUCUAGCUGCCUGUAUGGUCACUGCUUUAUUACCAUUGUGUACAGUACACUGUAUGUGGAUAUUAAUAACAUUUCAGUGAACGGUACACUGUAGGUGGAUGUUAAUGACAUUUCAGUGAACGGUACACUGUAGGUGGAUGUUAAUGACAUUUCAGUGAACAGUACACUGUAGGUGGAUGUUAAUGACAUUUCAGUGAACAGUACACUGUAGGUGGAUAUGAAUGACAGUUCAGUGAGUGGGAGGCAAACAUGGACAGGGUUCCCUGAUCCAAAGCAUCUCAUCCUUUUGACAUCAUCUCACCAUGGCGACGAGUGUACAGAUAAUGUCCUUUUACUGAAGUGCUCUGAUGAACUACCCUAUUGUCCUGGAGAAGAUUUAGUACCAGAAAUCCACCUUUUCUUUAUUCAGAAGGUGAUGAAGACAUUUUGAGACCUGCAUGAUACAUUGGGGUCAAGCUGACACGUCUGUAGUUGCUGUUGUUGUAAAACCAUGUAACUCUUGCAGACUGAAACAACCUCUUUCUCUUUCAAUGUCCUCUUCAAGUCUGCAUUUCUGACUGAUGCAAAAACCAUAAACACACACGCGCACACAAACAGUCCAAAGCUUACAGUAGCUUCUUCGAGUAUUUAUCUUCAAGGUUUCCUCUCUUCCUAAUUGUUGAAUAUCUAACCAGACACACUGUUGAGUUCUGUGAAUACUAUAGCUAAUGUCACAUCUUUCCUUUCAGUACUUGUGUCUCCGUAGCAACAGCUGUGUGGAGAUUUCAUUCCAUUACCAUUUCACUGCUUUUCGGCUUGUCCUCUGAGAUUGGGGUUCUGUUUCCAACGCUAUUAGAAAAGAACAGGGCUAAACCAAAACAAUGGAAUUCAGAGGCUGUGUCUCACUAGUCAUAACCUGCUCUCUUUGCUCGUGUCCUUUUCUUGUUUAUUCCCCUUCACAGAUCUUGAAAGGACUUAUACAGAAGGAGAUAUAAGGAGCUUUUCCAGUCCUUUAAAGGUGAGGAAGGAAAAGAGAUUAGGAGAGGAUAUGAGAAAAGAAAGUGGAGACUAUUGAGACAAUAGCAGGAUCUCAGCAAUAUAAGGCCUUAUUCUAUGUCACCAUUUAAAUUGAGGUUCACAAAGUAAUGUAUACACUUGAUUAAGAAACAUUAAUGUGAAACCGGAACAAGCCAACAACCUAUUCCAUUGUGGUCCAUUCAAUAACAUUUGAAAGUUGGUUCAGCUUUUAGAAAUUGAAUUAAGGAAAGGAGAUAAGGAGAGGAGACGUGGAAAAUAAAUUAUACCAUGAAAGACUAUUCCGACCCAGUCAGUGUCUCAAAACCAUUUACACAGUAGUGUAAAUGAAAUAAAUGAGUGUUUUGAGAUGGUUCAAGCAGUGUCUCUCAACUCACAACCCCAUCAAUAUCAUAACCAUCACUGCAUGUUAAUAAUUUAUAACAACCUGUCAUGAACAUACAGACAUGGAAUCACAUUUGAUUUCAGGAAUGUAGAGAAAAGCACUGUCUGAUAUGGUCUGUAUAAAACUAACUAGGCUGUAGUUUUGGGGCCAAUUCCAUUUCGUAGUCAGUCAAUUCGGAACGUAAAUUCAAUUCAAGUUGCAAAAAGCAAAAACAUUGACCAGAACUGUAAGAAUUUGCGCGUAGUUUCCGUAAUGACUGGAAUUUAAAUAGAAAUGGAAUUGACCCCAAACCUACCUGUUGAUGUAUGGAGGAAAUAGCGGUUGCAUCUUUGUAAUCCAUACCUUUUCCUUAAGUGUGCAGUUCCAUUAAUCAAUAUGAAAGGAAAUGAGUUGAUUAUGAAGUCUUCCUUUGGAACAAUCCAUUUCAACACUAAACCAAUUAAUGAGUAGGGAGUAUGGAACAAUCCAUUUCAAAACUAAACCAUCAAAUGAGUAGGGAUUAUGGAAAAAGUGCACACUUCAGGAAGCAGAGAUUAUUGGGAGGCGAUACAGUAUGUGCAACAGGAGGUCAAUCUCACAAUAAUUAGACAUAUUUGUAGGGUAAAUGUGUAUUUAUUAUGUUUAUAUUGAUUACCACACAUGCUUUUCAAAACGAACUGACAUGUAGUCCUGUAAUUUAACUAGAUUGCAUCUAAUGUGUGGCCUCUUUCUUUCUUUUAUUGUUUUUAUUAAAGGAAUAAUAAAAAAUA